GCCAGUUGCAUUUCUCGCUGGGCUCAAGAUGUGGACGGUUUUAUUAAUGAUCGUCUGCUUGUGGACCUUAGCAGCUUCUGCUCCCCUAUGGAGUCCCGAACAAGUGGGUGAUUAUUUUAAUGGCAUCUUUCGCUCUGUUGUUGGGCCGCUUUUUGGCCUAGACGAUGGCAAUAAUAAUACUACACCACCCAGUAACUAAUUAAACUCGAGCUUACCGCACCAAUCCAAAAGGCACCGGCAACUUCU